CGCGGCGUGCCGGGCGCGGGCGAGGUGCGGGCGCUGGGCUGAGGGCUUGAGUCCGGGUAUCUGUGUUUUACCCUCCUCACGGGAACUUGAGAUCCUUGGAGACCUUUGGGUGCGGGGUUCCAAGCGGCGGAACCGAAGGCAGCCAGGCCCGGGUUGCUGGGGCGGACGUGAACCCCACCUGUCCGUCCCUGCCAGCGUCCCCCUGGGCGGCGGGUUCGGUCCUCCGACUUGGCCCAGCGCGAGGCCGACCGAGCACUCUUCUCGUCCCAGGAUGCUUCGAUACUCGUAUUUUUAUAGGAUAUAUAAAGAAUUUCCUUCAAGCUGGUUGGAAUUUGGCAUGCUUAAUUUAGGAUCUUGGCCAAAAAGAGUACACUCUACAGCUAAAAGAUGUAAUGAGUAUGAAGCCCAGGGACAUACAUCUCAUAUUGGACCUCAGGAGUUCCACAGUUCUCAAGAAGGAGAUUUUGAAGUUAUCCCUAAAUUACACAUUCCAGUGAUGGUGGAUGAAGUUGUUCGUUGUUUGGCACCACAGAAAGGACAGAUUUUUCUAGAUAUGACAUUUGGUUCAGGAGGACACUCAAGAGCCAUAUUACAGAAAGAGUCAGAUAUUACCCUAUACACCUUAGACCGAGACCCAGCAGCUUACGCUAUAGCUGAGCAGCUUUCAGGCUUUUAUCCUAAACAAGUCCGAGCAAUGUUAGGGCAGUUCAGCCAAGCAGAAGAUUUAUUAAUGAAAGCUGGAGUGCAGCCAGGGACUUUCGAUGGAGUUCUUUUGGAUCUUGGGUGUUCCUCCAUGCAACUUGAUGCUCCUGAACGAGGUUUUUCCAUUCGGAAGGAUGGCCCCUUGGACAUGAGAAUGGAUGGUGGCAGGUACCCUGACAUGCCCACCGCUGCUGAUGUUGUGAAUGCUUUAGAUCAGCCGGCACUUGCAUCCAUCCUCAGGACAUAUGGGGAAGAAAAGCAUGCCAAGAAAAUUGCUUCAGCAAUUGUUCUGGCACGUACUGUCUGUCCCAUCACCAGAACCCAGCAGCUUGCCAGCAUCAUUGCAGGUGCAUUUCCUCCCUCUGCUAUUUAUGCACGAAAAGACUUGCUACAGCGAUCUACACAUAUUGCUACCAAGACCUUCCAGGCCCUUCGCAUAUUUGUGAACAAUGAGCUCAAUGAACUCUACGCAGGACUGAAGACAGCCCAGAAGUUUCUGAAACCUGGUGGUCGCCUUGUUGCCCUCUCUUUCCAUUCACUAGAGGAUCGCAUUGUCAAACGAUUUUUACAUGGGAUAAGCAUGACAGAAAGGUUUAACUUAAGUGUUAAACAGAAGGUGGCAGAGGCCUCACAAUUGAGCUCAGAAGUCCCUGCAGGAAAAGCUCCUUUAAUGUGGGAAUUGAUAAACAAGAAAGUACUUACUCCGGAGGAUCAAGAUGUACAGGAAAACCCCAGAGGACGCUCAGCUAAGCUUAGAGCAGCUAUCAAAUUAUGAGAAAAGCACCAUCAUCUAAUCUUCAAGUUUUAGUUAUUCCAGAAUAACUGUAUAGAGCUUAAAAUGUAAGAGUGUAGAGAUUAAUGGUAUUUAGCAUUUUUUCUCAGAAAGAAAUUUUAAAAAUAUUAGCUUAACAGAAAAUUUAACUCAACAUCAUGUCAACGCUCAGAAAAUGUGUUCAUCUUUGUAUUAUGGGAAGUCAAAAAAAAUUGUUAUGUUUAUCUCAAAUUAUCCAAAGAAAAACUAUUAUAAACAUUUGCAUGCCCUAGAUUCUGAAUUUAGUUAUUAAGAUUCAUGGUAGACUUUCUGUAGCAAAAAUGAUGAUCACGGACCUAAUUUUAAUUUACCUAUUUCUGAAUAAUUAAUAGGCAUAUCUUUUUGCAGAUAUGUACUUUAUUCAAAUUUUAACUUUUCAAAUAUUGGGGCCGUUAUCAUAGCAUACCUGAUAAAGUCACCACCUACAAUACCAAUAUGUAUACUAUAUGGGUAACACAUGGAUACCAGUUCACGUCCUAGCAGCUCUACUUCUGAUCCAACGCCUUGAUAAUGGCCUGGGAAAAGCAGAGAAAAUGGACUGUCCAGGUGCUUGGGACCCUGCCAUUGUAGACCUGGAUGAAGCUUUUGACUCCUGGCUCCUGUGACUGUCCUGGAUUAGUCCUGGCCAUUGCAACCACUUUGCGAGUGACCCGGUGGAUGAAAGCACUCUGUCUACCUCUCUGUAACUCUGAGUUUCAAAUAAAUAAUAAUUUUUAAAAGAUUUUUUCAAAUAUUUAAAAAAUGCAUUAUAUUAGUAGAUUUCACUAAUUGAAUUUGUAGUUCUUUAUUUUAAUAGAUACUUUUCAGUAUGACAUUUAUCACUUCUACAUAUGUUGGCAAAGUAAAAUGUAAAAUUACUCUUAACAACUCUCACAGACAAUUGUUUCACUAAAAUCUAUUUAGUUUUAACUGUAUCCAUGCAUUGAUCUGACAUUUAAGUUAGCAGUUGAGACAGCCUCAUCUCACAGAGAGUACCUAGGUUCACUUCCUGGCUUCAACUGCGUCAAACUUCCUGCUAAUAUGGACACUGGAAAGCACUUGUAAUUUCUUGGGUUACUGGGUUUCUGUCACAUAUGAAUGGCACCUGACUUUACUUUCAAAGUCAUGGCUUCAGCCUGGCUUGGAAAUUACCCAACAAUUGGCAGUGUUUUCUCAUGGUUUCACUCUCUCACUCUUCCUGUUGGCCUCUCAAAUACAUAAUACAAUGAAUACUUUUAGAUAGAAUAGUUUGUUUAAAUAGAAAACUGAUUUAGUUCAUUUAUUAAAAAGUGUUCUCUUAACACUUAGAUAUAAUAACUGCAGUAGGAUAAAAUGUGUGUUCAGGAGAGAGAGAGAUGUGUUUGGUAGAGAAUUCUUUGGCAAAUUCUUAAGAUUGAUUCAUAAUUUAUGUGUCACCUUUCUAUGCGUAAUUUAUUCAGUUUCAGCAAAUACUGAACUUGCCAUUUGAAAAACGAAGGUAAGUACAGUACACAUGACAGGCAGUGCUUGUCUGCUAUGGGGCGAAUAGUCUCGUAGAGAAGAAUGAUGAGGAAAAAAUGAUGAAAACUGCUGUCAGAUGGACAGAGAAGUAGAUACUACAAAGAGAUGGUGCACAGCACUGGAAAAGUGAGGAUUCACUCUACUGAAGGGGACCAGCCUUGAGAACAAUAUGAAAGGUAAGAGAAUAUAUGAGGAUGAAGGAGGAGGGCGAGAAGUUAUGUUGGUGGAAGCACAUGUAAAUAUAUAUUAAGUAGUUAUCCUUAUAAUCGUAUUACUUAUUCUAAAUUGAUUAAGUGAAUUAUAUUCAGCAGACAUACAUGGAAAAUUUUACAAAAGUAAAAUGGAUGAAUUAACCUCAUUUUUGUCUACCUCUAUAAUAUUUAACAUAGAUAGCCAUUCCUGUUUGGCACUGUAAUUUAUGAUAUUUAUUUAACUAUUUUAAAUGUUAGUUAAGAGACACAGUUUUGUGUUAGCAAGAAACUGCAAUCAAGAACCAGAAGUAGAAAUUGAAUCCAGACACUCAGCUAUGGGACAUGGAUUUCCUUCCAGGCAUCUUAACCUCUGGACCAAAUGCUUGCCUUGUAGAUUUUCUUUAAAUCUGAACAAUCUUGCAGUGAAAUCAGAUUUGGGAACACAGAAAAAAGAAACAAGUGACUAUACCCGAGUUAAUUACCCAAAUCCUACCUGAAGGAGUCCCUAAAAAUUAUGUCCUUAGAAACUCAAGAUUGAUAAGCUGAUUUGAAAAUACUGUCCUUGUUAAAAUGAGGCCUCCUGGAAGAGGCAGGCUCUUAAUCCAAUGUGACUAUAACCCUUAUGACAAACAGAAAUAGGGAAGUCUGUCAUGAAAAGAAGGAGGCAGAAGUCAGAAUUAUUGGUCUCACGAGGCAAAAGACACUGCAGAUUCCUGGCAACUCAGCACCAGAAGGUUGGAGAAAAGCACCAUCAGGAUGCAUCUAGUAAGAACCGAUCCUGUAUCCUCUGGACAUCGUGAUUUUGGAAUGUUACCCUCUAGAAUAGUAAUAGGAACAUUUCUGUUUUAAGCCACUCUGAUUGUGGUCAAUUAUGUGUCAACCUUAGAAAGCUAAUACUCUGGCAGAAAAUUUCUGCAAAUAUAUACAAUAAACAAAAUUAUUAUGAAAUGCUUUAGUGUAGUUGUUUUCUGGAAUUAGUUUAUUUAUAAUCAUUCUUGCUUGCUUUUUGUUCUUCUAUGGGAAAUAAUGUAAACAUGAAUAAAUUCCAAGUGAUAUACUUUGAAAAAGUGGUUUACAAACGUUCAGGCAAACUGGAAAUAAAAACGUGAUUUGCAUUGCUAACGCUCAUAAAAUAUUUCUGAAUCUCUGUAUUAACUGCCUUUGUGAAUUAUUUUUAUAUAGGUCAGUGUCUCUAGUGUAAUCGUUCUUGACAGUCUUCAGUAGAUCACCUAAGAAUGCAGCGCCUUAUGUUACCACCUGCAACUCAAGUAUCUUAUAUCUCAAUGCCAGGUCAUGUACCAGCUGUUAUUUCUGAUCCAGCUCCCUGAUAAUGCACCAAGGAAGGAAGCGAAUGAAGGCCAUGAACUUGGUUUCCUGCCAUGCAUGUGGCAACUGGGAUGAAAUUGAAGCCCCCUAGCUUUGACUUGGCCCAGCCCUAUCUGUUGCAGCCAUUUCACGAAUGAACUAUCAGAUGAAACGUAACUCCAGGUCUCCGACUCUCUGUUACUCUGCCUUUUAAAUACAAUCUUUU